AACUCGGAUUGUGAUUGGUUGCACGUCCAAGUCAGUCAAAAUUGAACUUCCGGGUGUAAAAUCAUUGCAAAACCAAACAGACUAGCCAACCUGACUGUAGUGGAAGAAGACAGACAACCGAGGACAGCAGAGAUACACCAGCUGCACAACAAUCAUGCUAUCAGAAGUGCUGCAGGUGCUGCGUGGGGCAGGUAAAGUGGGAUCUGCCAUGAUCACCACCCAGGGGGAACAGCUUGGAUUUAUGGCCGCCAACUCCACGCUGGGAGGCGGGGUCAAAGUUGCUCAGGAUGUGGUGGAAGGACUGGUGGGCACCUUUAUGGGUGGCAGCAGUUCGCAACAGUCAGUAAAGGAGGAUGAGUUUCCGGACAUGGAGGGCUGGGAGAACGUGAGCCCUGAGGAAGCAGCCAAAUGGUCCGUGGACUCCGACUUCCCCCCUGAUGCUCCAAAGCAAAGCCAGACAGACGCUGAAGCUGCAGCAGAGACGCCAACAGGAGUUCCUCCUUCCCCAGGGGCAGCUCCUGCAGGGGCUGGCUGGCCGGGACAGAGCGCUCGCUUCCUCCACACAACCCACCGGUACUACUACCAGACCAGGUCUGUCCACGACACGGUGGUGGCAAGACUCAGCCCAGAGGCUCUCAAGAAAGCCAGGGAGGCCAAGCAGGCCCUCGUCAAACCUGUCAGACAGAAGCUGAGUGACCGUGCCAGAGAGAGGAAGGUGCCCGCCACAAGAAUCAGCCGGCUGGUUAAUUUUGGGGGACUGGCAGUUGGACUCGGGAUUGGUGCCAUUGCAGAAGUGGCAAAGCAAUCAUUGGCAGGCAAACCAAAAGAAGAAGGGGCCCUGUUAGACUCUCCUAUCCUGUCUGAGGCAAAUGCCGAGAGAAUAGUCAACACGCUGUGUAAGGUCCGCGGGGCUGCACUUAAGAUCGGACAGAUGUUCAGCCUUCAAGACAACUCCUUCAUCAACCCGCAGCUGCAGAAGAUCUUUGAGAGGGUCCGUCAGAGCGCAGACUUCAUGCCUGCCUGGCAGAUGCAUAAAGUUCUCGAGGAGGAGCUGGGGAAAGGCUGGCGAGAGAAGCUGUCGUCCUUUGAAGACAAACCGUUUGCUGCAGCUUCCAUCGGCCAGGUGCAUCACGCGGUGUUAAAAGACGGAAGAGAGAUCGCCAUGAAGAUCCAGUACCCCGGAGUGGCAGAGAGCAUCCACAGUGACAUAAACAACCUGAUGUCAGUCCUGAAAAUGAGCGUGAUCCUGCCAGGAGGUCUGUUCGCAGACAACAGCUUAGAGGUCCUUCAGAGGGAACUGGCGUGGGAGUGCGACUAUAAGAGGGAAGCAGAGUGUGCCAAGAAGUUCAGGUCCAUGCUGGAGGGAAAUGAGUUUUUCCAAGUCCCUGAGGUGAUUGAUGAGCUGUCAGGCCGCAGGGUGCUGGCCAUGGAGCUGGUUCAAGGAGUGCCACUGGACCGCUGCAUCGAGCUGGACCAGGAGACCAGGGACCAGAUCUGUUACAGAAUCCUCCAGCUGUGCCUCCGGGAGGUGUUUGAGUUCAGGUUCAUGCAGACGGAUCCAAACUGGUCCAACUUCUUCUACAACUCAAUCACCGACCAGAUUAUUCUGUUGGACUUUGGAGCGUGCAGAGGCUACCCAGAAACCUUCACAGAUGACUACAUACAGGUGGUGCACGCAGCCUCCGUGGGUGAUCGAGCCACUGUUCUCUCCAAAUCGAAGGAGCUGAAAUUCCUGACAGGCUUCGAGGCCAAGGCCUUCCAGGAAGCCCACGUGGAGGCGGUGAUGAUCCUCGGCGAAGCCUUUGCGUCCACGGAGCCCUUCGACUUCGGCACCCAGAGCACCACCCAGCGCAUCCAGAGCCUCAUCCCCGUCAUGCUCCAACACCGCCUCACCCCUCCACCCGAGGAGACGUACUCCCUCCACCGCAAGAUGGCCGGCUCCUUCCUCAUCUGCUCCAAACUGAAAGCACGUUUCUCGUGCAAGGAAAUGUUCAUGGACGUGUACAACCACUACAACCAGAGGAGGCAGGCGGAGCAAGAAGCACCGGCCAGUGAUGAAAUGCUCAGGGACGAGGUCACUGCCUAAAUAUGCCUUGGGACUUUUUCAGAGUGAGCUGCUACAGUAAGUAAAGGGACAGAAGAGAUGGAGAGGAGACACUGGACCAGACUUAACUUAAGACCAUGUCAAUAUGUAACCAUGACAACGUGCUCUAAAGAGGACCAUGGACUUCCUAUGCUUGUCUGUCAGUGUGAGGAUCAUGACUAAGCUCUCACUGACAUGUAAAGACAAACAUAAGAUACUUAAUAACUAUGAUAUGGAAUGUGAUGACGGUAAUAGUUUUGCCGUAACAACAAUAUGCUGAACCCCAAAACGGUUAUAUUAUUGAUUAAAUCUGUAUGUUAAUUGAC